GCGCCUUUUCCCAUCGCUGAUCAGCCUGAGGUCUCGCGGGUGGCGGUUGGUCUCGCAGGCUCCAGCCGGUGGAGCCAUGAGCUCGGAGCGGUCAGCGCCGGCUGGUUCCCCUGCCCCUCCGUGCUCAGAGCCAGAGGCCGGGGCGGCCGAUUACCGGGACUGGGUGAGGCGCAGUUACCUGGAGCUGGUCUCCUCGAACCACCACUCGGUGCAGGCUCUCUCCUGGAGGAAGCUCUACCUCAGCCGGGCCAAGCUCAAAGCAUCGAGCCGCACGUCGGCUCUCCUGUCGGGCUUCGCCAUGGUUGCCAUGGUUGAAGUACAGCUGGAGAUGCAGUACAACUAUCCCAAGUUUCUGCUCAUUGCUUUCAGUGCCUGCACAACAGUACUGGUUGCUGUCCACCUCUUUGCCCUGCUGAUCAGCACAUGCAUCCUUCCUAACGUGGAAGCUGUCAGCAACAUUCACAAUCUCAAUUCUGUCAACGAGUCGCCCCAUGAGCGCAUGCACUACUAUAUCGAGCUAGCUUGGGGUUUCUCAACUGCUCUCGGCAUUUUACUGUUUCUCACGGAGGUGGUACUGCUUUGCUGGAUCAAGUUUCUACCAGUAGACAAAGCUGUAAUGAAUGACAAGGAAACUGGUCCAGUCCAGGCAGGAGACGGACACACUGGGUGGAAUGCAGCUUUGGCAUCCACUAUCAUCAUGGUACCUGUGGGCCUUAUUUUUGUGAUUUUCACAAUACACUUUUACCGUUCACUGGUAGGGCAUAAAACAGAGCGCCACAAUCAAGAGAUUGAAGAGCUGCAUAAACUGAAGGUGCAACUGGAUGGUCAUGACCGGGUCCUGCAAAUGGUUUGAAAUAGUUGAAAAUGACAAAAAUAAAAGAUUUAAUUCCUCGACCAUCCUGGGAUCUGGGCUUCUACAGACGCUCUCAUUGCAAGUGCCAAGUGGCCGCGUGUUUAUUCAGGAAUCCAGGUUUACAGCUGUGGCUUUUAGUUAUCUUUGUGGUUACAGCACUUGCUGCGUUGUCUAAUGAAAAAAUAUACCAAGGUUCAUGCAACUUUCUCACUCACCAAAUUGAGAUGUAAAACUAGAAAUAUGAGGUUAUCCAAAAAUACUUCAGAUUACUCAGAUACUACACCAACUGCUGAUGAAAUAUGAUUUGAACUAAAAGGAAGCUGAUUUUUUUUAAUGCGUAGUUCCUUACAGGCAUAAAAACUGAGCUAUCACUCCAGAUUGAAAUGGAUGCAGAGAUGUUGUUCAAUGCCAGGUUUUCCCUAAUGCUUGUAUGUUUUUUAACAGUACAAAAGUGAAUGCAGGUCAGGAGUUUGGCAGAAGGACAGGGUGAUGGAUUUGAUAACUAGGAAAACCGAAUGGAGGAUCCAGAAAUGAGCUUACGGAAUAGUGUUUGGCCUGUUUGUCGAAUAUGGAAACUUAUCACUGUAAAUUCUUCCCCUCCCUAUUCUACUCCAAAAUUACUAAUAGUGGUUUUUAUAAGUAUGAAAACAAAACCAGCUUUUUCUUCUGGGUUCUUGCAGGUGUAAACGAUAUCCAACGCUGCUCCCAACUGGUCUGAAGAGUAUUAUAGUGAAAUAGGGCUGCUACUUGUUCUCUGCUUUGCAGCAUUACUGCUUUGAGCUAAUGGUAUCAAGAGCUAGCUGGAAUGCAGACCCAGCCUGUGCUCCUUAUUUCAUGACAAGGUUUACUAAUGCUGCAUUGUGAUGUGCCACAGUGCCUCCAUUUUAUUUAUUAACAAUAAAUGAUUCAAAUCUUGACCUGAAUCACCUCUACUGUGAUGCCCCAGAUAAUGAUGCAUAGGGUGUCCACUGUUCUGAUCACAGCAAGUAAUGUCACCACUGAUGUGGAUUGAAAUGGAGGCCUGUUGUCUGUUACAUCCUUUGACAGAAAGGGCAAUUGCUCAUGACAGAAAGGGGAAAUAUUUUCUGAUGUAAAUUUAAAUCCAGUUGUGGGCUAUUUGGACAUUGCUUACUUAAUUUGUAUUCAUGAGAUUGUCCUGCACUGGAGAGCUUAGCCCUUUAUUCAGUUAAAAGUUGAAGUCUUUUAAAAGAUGUCUUAAUAUCAGAGGUGCCAGUAGUUAUUAGCUAAAUUUGCACUGCUGCUUCACAGGUUUCCAGCUUCGGGAUACCGUCUGUGUGGAGUUUGCACAUUCUUCCUGUGUCUGCG